AUUACCAAGGUUUGUAAUGGAUGAGCAACGGAGGUGACAAAUCAGCGAGUCGCCGGUCGUGGUUUGAUCGAUUGAACCGAACUUUUCGUCCCGCUUCAGUGCAGACGGAAUCGUUUGUUUAUGUUUCCUGUUGACGAGGUUGGGCAGCGUGGAGGAUGCCUGAGGCAAAAGUGGGUCGUGGAGAUUGCUCCGCAGCUCGCAUCGAUUUGAAUUUGCGCACACCUUGAAUCGAACCGGUCUGGGUUGGGGUCUUUGGAGCGAAUCCUUCGCGGAAUUUGAUGUGGGUUCGAGCUGUCGGAGAUCUGGUUGUCGGUGUGUGAACUGAACUUGAUGUUGGAUUCCGUUGUGGCUAUUCGCGGAGGUGAAUUUGAGCAGAUUCGGUUGGAUUGUUGUUACGUUGAUGGCAAGCUCGCACUCAGUUUAAUUCCGAAUCAGAAUAUAUGUUUGACUUCAAAUCGAGAGCCUGGGCGUUUCACUUGGUUGAUCUGCAGUUAGAGUGUUUAAGACAGCAUUGUGUAGGUUCGAGCUGGAAGUCUAGCUGAGAACAUCACUGGUAGUGCCGCUAAAUUGUGUGAUUGAGGCGCUGCUGUGUCGAAUUGGAAAUGUGGGGAUUGCUCCAUGACGCGUCUCCGAAUUGAGAAGUUGGACUCCAGUCUAGUGUUGAUUUUGGUAAACGAGAGGUACAAGGUUUAUCCGGGACGUUUAGGGUUAGAGAGUCAAGAUACGCAGCUUGAAAGAGUGGCGUCGAUGUGGAACGAUGUUUUAUGCGCUUGAUGCCAUAUCGGAUUAGUGCCACUGCAUCUGUUCCCUCACAUCACGGGGCCUAACCGAGGUUUUAAGAGCAUCGUGCAGAUGGAGGGUUUAGUCGAUGUAUCCGCGGCGUUGGUGUCGCUGCCGAGUAUGACCGCACCGAACUGUUGUAGUACAUUCGGUUGCUUGCCCUAUUUCUUUGGGGGAAUUUUGCUGUUAGCGCUUGUAGAGUGUGUGUGCGUAUUUUUUUUAAUCCGCAGAUUGUUGGAGAGGAAACCGACGCAAAAUCCGAGUCCUUCUUCAUUGGAAUAUAGAAGUGAAGGUGGCUCCUACGACAGCAGCUUCAGCCUUCAGGGAACUUUGUGGUUUGCACCUCUACCUGAAGGAGACUGGAGUAAAGCCAUUUUGCAAAUGCCAGGCAAAGACAAGAAGAGGGAGAAAGAAGCUGAGAGAGAUGGGCCCAAAGAGGGUUCUAACCGGGCGGGUACCACUAAAAAUGUAUUGAAGCUCGCUCCGGUGCGGAAGCACGUGGUCUUGAAGGAAGGGAUUUUGCUGUUGAGGGAGGUUGAUGGUAAUGAAGAGCAAAUCCCACUUGAAGGCUGCGAAGUUUCGUCCAUCUCUUAUGAUCAAACUUCAAAUGGGAAAUGGUCCAAAAUGUUUCCCAUCAAGUUGCACCAUCCUACCCAUACAUUGUACGGCGAUUGUAAAGACUGUUUGUUCUACGCGGAAUCUGGCUAUGAGAAGGAAGCCUGGUGCGAAGUUCUUCGAGCGACUGCAAGGGAAAACGCCACUCCUGACGAGUGGUAUAUUAAAUUGAAGAAGGAAUUUAGAGAAUACACUAGUGUAGUUGAAAGGCGUCUGCCGUAUCUGAAUGAAUUUCCCUCAGGAAAUGAAGCAAAUUCUAUGGCCUUCAUACGCAAGGAAAUGAAGUUAGAUGGCUUGAAGAACUCAGAGGAAGGUUUUUCGAAGAGACGACUGAUUUUCAACAAACUUUUGCGUCGUGGUACAAAGACGAAAGAGAAGAGUCUGAAUGCAAUAAGGGGACUUGAAACGUCCUCACGAAGAAUCAAUCCAAUUUCAGAAGGGCAAGAAGGAAGCCAGAAGUUGAAGGAGAGUGUUAUCUCUCAUGACCACGAUGACGGAAAUAGUGCGUCUCAUGCAAGCCAAGCGAGCAUUGAAAGUAUUACUCGAAGUGAAUCUACAAUUAGUGAGUGUGAUGUAGAGCAGUCGACCUCAGCAGCAACUCAGGAAGACAAAAAAGAAGUUGAUCAGGUGCUCACAGCUACACUGGUGCACGGCCAUGACAACAAAACAGUUUCAAAAGAGAUUGAUCAAGGACAACUCUGUUUGAACAUGCUCGUGGCUAGACUCUUUUUUGACUUAUAUCAUAGCAAAAGGCCAGUGGACUGGUUACAACACCAACUUCAGAGGUUAAUAUCAAGGAUGAAGACUCCCAGUUACGUCAAAUCACUUUUUGUUAGAGAAAUCGACCUCGGAAAAGAACCUCCUUUCGUGACAGCAUUCCGUCUGCUGCCCGCGGAUGCAGAAGGAGCUUUGGCUAUUGAAGUUAGCUUGGAGUGGCGCAGUGGAGGCUUCAUCACAAUAGAGACGCGAGUGGACGUGCGUGAUCAAAAUGCACAGGAAAAAAUGGUUUCACAACUGACGGAUCCAGGAUUAGAAGGGGCUGCUGCUUCUGCUGUUGUACGCGGUAUAGAGAAGGAUCUUGACCCUGCAGGAACAGCAGAGGCUUCUAUAACGUCAACAGAGACAAGAGAAGCUGCUUCUACAAGUAAACGUGGGCCAGGGGAUGACAGCGGUAAAGGUGGAGGUUGGAUGCAUUCGGUGAAGGCCGUGAUCUCUCGUGUUGCUGAUCAAGUUUCUCAGGUACCUCUUUUGCUGAAAAUCAGGUUGAUGUCAGUGAAGGGAACUUGCAUCAUAAGCUUGAAAGCACCACCUUCUGACCGUAUAUGGUUUUCUUUCAAGGACAUGCCUGAUAUUGAUAUGGUACCAGAGCCUUGUAUUGGUGAUCACCUUAUCAGCAACGACUUUUUGGGAAAUUUUAUUACAAAUCAAAUAAAGACACAAAUUCGUGAGCAUAUUGUCAUGCCAUACCGUCAAGAUGUUCGUCUUCAUUGGAUGAUGGCUGAUCAGGUCGAUUGGCUUCCGCAUAGCGCCAUUCCUGUUGCGUUCUCUGCUGCCAAACAUUCUGAAAAUGAGCGUCAAAGCUCAAAAUUCAAGCUUGACGAGCAAUCUAAACUUGUUGAGGAUAACGAUGGAAUUGGCCAAUCAUCUACUUCCUCCUCUCUGAGUGUACACAGUGAUGGGCAGAAUAAGCUUCAGGUUGGACAGGUUUCGGAGGCAUCUAGCUCACCUCAUGUUGGACCUGUAGAUGGAUCACCUAUUGCGCAGGCCCAGCCUCCUUCUGAUCUUCGGUCCCUUGGCAAUCUUCAAGCCUCUGGUACAAGUAGGAAUCAAUUACAAAACUCUUCCAUCUCUAUACAGUUCAGCUCAGAGCAUUCUUUACCUAGCCGGCCACCAGGAUCAUCCGUGCAUUCAUCAGCGACUUCGUCAAUGCGAGUUGACAAUGAAUCAGACUUAACGAGGCCUUUACUGGACAGGGAUGACCAAAACAAAGGAAAGAUUUCAGCAUCGAGUAAUGGAUUUGACGCAGGUGCAUCUGAGAGGGCGGUAGGUGCUGUGUACAUUGAUGUAGCGCCACAGUCAGAGGAUUCAGCGUCAGACAGCGAGUCUCAGCAUCCGCCCAAUCAGUUUCAGGUUAUCAACCAGGACCACGUCAAGGCAGACCUGUCAAAAGAUUUGGAUUCAAGGGUAUCACGACGCACCAAGAUGUUUACUUUGGGUAAGAAAGUGGGGAACAAACUCGAUGAAAGGCGCCGCAGUGUUCUGGAGAAAUUGCGGGAGAAGAGAGCUGAGGGUAGUGAAGCAGGUUCUCCUCGUCACUCAGGCAGAGAUCUUGUGUGACCGACGCAAUGUUAUCUCCAUAACGUGUGCGAUGCUGAAGUCUGAUACUUCAAUUUUAUGCUACCCCAUCAGUCAUGUAGUCUUCGUGCAGAGUUUCAUACUUGUGUAGAGAACUGUAAGCUGACAUCAUAGGAUAGCUGUUAUGAGAUAUUGUGCAAGUGUGUUAUGAGAUAGAAAUCUAGAGUGGAAGCGUGUAAAUUAGAAUGCACGCUUCCUGUAAUAUAUUUGAUUUGCAAGGCCGAAUUUUCUAGGAUUGUACUUUGGAACUGGUAAUGCCCAUUCAACCAGGAUCAUUAGUGGCUUCAUUAUAUAAGUUUAGAGCUAAAAUCGCGACAUUUUUUCUCUGAGACCUGAGAGGUUCGCAUAUUCUUCUACUCAACCUCUUCGGCCAGUUAGUUUCCAAGAACUUGAAGGCUUUAAGGUGUCUAGAGGCAACUGUGCUAAGUAAACGCAAACUUCUAAAUAA